AUGGACGGCUCCACCGCCAAGCCUCUUGACUACCUACAGGUGCUGGAUGAAAGUGACCGGAAUAUAUUUUUCUUCAUCCUCGACUACGUUGCGGCUUACGCUGGUCAGCAAGACCAAAGCACGCUACGCAAGAGCGUUGCUGCCCUGCAAGCGUGGAAGCCCAUUUUCUUGGCUAUACCACCAGGCCAGGCCACUGGUCAUCGCAUCUCUAAGUCGCUUUCGGCCAAUAAAGGAACGGAUGCUCCGCUCAAUGGUGCCACUCUUCUCGAUGGACGUGCUGUAGACUGGCCCACUCGACUUAAGGAAAAGAGCGAAACCUACUAUAGCGACACGAGCGGCCCCCUCAUCCGCAGCUACUACGAGGCCCGUCAAAUACGUGCCGAGUACGGCAGCCGUGAUUUCAGGUCGGUGCCGCCAGAGCGUUGGUCUGACUUUCCGACUUCCAUCGAAGAGCAGCAAAAGCUCGUAUGCAAACUCUAUGAUGCUAUUCUCAACAUGAAUGGCAUCCUAGAAAAGAAGCGGCCAUUGUCCUUGAAGAGCUCGAGCAGCGACGAUAGCGGCGAUGAUGGUGAUGUUGACUCCAGUACCCCUGCUACGUCACGGAAGCGAUCGGCCACAGAGAGAGACGAGGACGGCGGCAAUACUAAGGAUGCGGCCGAAGCCAAUACUCCACAAAUGAAAAUGGUCUCUCCCAAGAAACCCGUUCCGCCACAAAAGGAAACAAUUAGUGUUUCCAAGGUGAAGGGUCUCAACCGCAUCGAGGUCGAGAUGCUCUCCUGGGAAAUUUUGUACGCAAUCCGCGAUAUCGACCGUGGCCAACUACCUUUUAUGAAUUGGAGUGGCCGCGACUGGAGCUGGGACUCCCAGUUCACUAGCUUCAAUGACCGGUUUGAGGCUGUUGCUACGACUCUACGCCGUUCGAAGGCGGCCGUCUGUAGCCUGCUCGAGUCUGAUUACAUGGCCCGGCUGGUGGCACACCCACGCAGGGAGUAUCGCCGAAAGGAGAACAAUCGUUCCCAGAACGCGGAACGCAAUGCACAGGUGUUUGUCGGUCGACAUGCCAUUGGAACGGGCCAAGUACAAGUUGGCUCAUCGGGUGAUUUGCGGGACCGUGACGGCAACGUGGUUGCUGCCGCUGGAACCGCCCACAGUGGCUUGAUCGAGCAGACACGCAAGCUUGGCGAGAUGAGCCGGCGGAGUCAUGCUGCAAAGAAGGCGAAGACGACAGCUGGAAAUGCCACAACAUCUCUCGAGAACGAUACUGCUGGCGAACCCUCAGGAACUGCGGCUGCGAAUGGCUCUCCGCCACUGUCCUCCCAGAGAAAGCCCCGCGUCCGGAACCGGAAGCUCGCAGCCAAGACAGAGACCUCCACUACAGAGCAGUCUACAUUCGGAACAUCCGAAAGUACCGUUGCCGACGAUGCGAGCCAGGGCCAAGGCCAGAAUUCGUCGACGAAUUCGAAUAUGAGAAACAACCACAGCAGUGCUGCUUUUCACGUUGACGGCUCAUUCAUGGGCGGCGGCGCGAGUAGUAAUGAGUUCCCGUCGGUGGCCAGCGGCUUUGCGGUACUCAAUACAAAUGCACGGCUCAACAAUCUCAACAUCAUUGGAACGAAUACGUUGACACUUCCGUUUCGCCCAGCCGCUGGUGAAAGCAAUACUCAGCUGCCGGCAGCCGUAAACAACGGAAGCCGCCCCGGAUCAGAUCAAGACGCGGCUGCUAUGGUCUCUGAUGCUCCCAUGGAAGAUAUUUUCAGCAUGGAAGUCGGAGUCACCACAGGUGUCACUGGAAGAGAUGCCACCGUGGGAGGUCAUAGUAGCAAUGCUGCUACUAACCCAGCGAUAGCCCCGUCCCAGCUGACUGUGGCGGAACCGCCGAUGCUGAACCCCAUAGCAUCACCAUGGGGUACCGACGAGCAUAUGAGUCUUCUCUACCAGAUGGCGCUGUACAACAACUCCAUUCAGAACAUUCUGGGCGCCAACUGUACGCCAAUACCGAACUUGGCCUCGUCCGCAGCCAUAUCUGGUGAUUCAGGUCUCGACACGAGCAUGUACACUAUCCCUGAUGACUCGUGGGCUGUCAAUUACGAUACUGACUCUCCCGAACUUGGCGACGAUGGUAACUCGAGCCACAAAGAGAAUGGUAGGAAUCACUGA